CCGAAAAGGGCAAGACCGAGGAAACCCCCGGUGCUGCCCCAAAGGAGAGUGGAGGAGGCCCCCCAACACCACCCCCUUGUUUAAACACAGCGGCGGCCACAGCUUCGCCGCCUCCCUCUCUCCUCAGCCGCCCCGCAGCGCCCCCUGGCAGCGUCGCCGGCCGCGGCAAUGGCGGCCCCCACGGCCCAGGCGUGAGCCCGCCCGCCCGCCGCUGCCCACCUGGAAGCCAGAGGUGCUGGUGGUGCCAGGAGGAGGAGGAGGUGCCUUCUCCAAAGAACCUGCAGCCCCAGCUUCCCCAUUCCAGUCAGAAGCGAGGGGAAAGAUGCCAGCUUCUCUGAGAAAACUGCGGCAAAUGGCUAUUUUUAUGGGAGUGUUCAGCGGUGGGGGAUGUGUGGUGAUGUAUAAUCUUAUGCAAAAAGGUUUUGCCAGGACCCAGUAUUAUCAGCAGGGUUUGGAGCAACUCAAUAACAAUCCUGCUGCCCUGGAAGCCCUGGGUGCCCCCCCUCUGAAGGUUCACAACAUCCGACUGACAGACGGGAGUAACCGUGUGGACACAGAAAGAGCUCAGAUAAAGUUACCUGUAUCUGGAACAAAAUCAGCAGGGUACCUCUACAUUGACUCAGAAAUGGACCACUCCCGUCAAUGCUGGUGCCUUCAGGAUGUCACCUUGAAACUCCGGGAUGGGCAGAAUAUUUCACUCUACCAUUCCCCUGUGAAAAACAUCAGUGUGCAAGGAGGCUAAUGGUCCAAGGCAGCUGCUUCUCCACCUCCUAUUGAACCGAAGGAGCCAUUAAUUGAUUGCACCAUGCUGCGCGCAGGGAUGCACGCCGCUGUUGCAGAGGACAAUGUCACUGAAGAGGGUGCUCUGAAGACAGUUUUGUCUCCAGCGUUGACUUGUGUCAUUAUUGUCAUGAUUGCAUGUUCAGCAAAAGCCUCAAAUAAAGAUAUUGCAACAAGAGUUGCUGUUCCAAA